CCUAAGAUAUGUCCUUCAUAGCCACCAUGAGGAAGUGGGCAAGGUCGUGGAUGCCGCCAAUGGUAGUUGGGCGAGGUUCAGGGACAUGAUGCAGAGAAAGUACAGGUUGGGGGAUGGCUUGCUAACCAUGGCGGAUUUGGAGGCCAUGAACAAGGAUGACUUCUCCACGAUUGGGGCGUUUGUGCACGAGUUUAAAAGGAAGGCGCGGAAGGUGCACGGGAUCUCCGAAGGAACGCAGUAUGCGAUAUUUUUGGGUCUGCUUACUGGCUCGGAGGCCUCGGAGCUGACGGGUCACGGAGGGGGAAAUGAGAAACUCACCUGGGCCACUAUAGACAAGGGGGUGGAAGAGGGGAGCCUGGACCAGGUGGAGCAUUACCAGGUGCGGCUGCAAAGGCGCAAGAGAAAGGAAAGGGACGCCACCUCGUCCGGGACCCCAGGGGUGAAGAGGAUCGUCACGGACGUAUUGGCAGCGCUGGGGUAUGAUAAUGAGGUGGAAGUGCAAAAGAGGGGGGUGACUGUGGCUCAAGGCCGGGCGUCGGGGGCAGUGGAAGAGGAGGCUAGGCGCGAGGACUAUGGCGGAGAAGAGACGGGCUCCCAGAUCCUAACCAAGGCCCAGAGGAAGCAACGGAAUUUACAAGUGGGGGGUCAAGGAUCCGAAAAAGGGCAGGUCCCGCAAGCGAUUGUUGCGCCACCACCUGCUGCCACGACAACGUCAGCGUCGGCCGGACCGUCAUGUAUGGGGCCGCCGCCGGCGUGUGGGCAUUGGGUGCCGCAUUGUCAGCCUACAUCCUGGCCCAGUUGUAGUAACCGCACCUCGUGCGGGGAUAGUCAAACUCAGCCCGGGCAAAUGGUCCCUUAUGAGGGCCCAGCUGCAAGUAUGGGGCCCCCGAGCUACCCUGCGGCUCAGGGUCAGUUUGUGGCCCAACCAUCUCCCUCCCAACAAGCCUCGCAGGUUAGCGUGGCCGGUGGAGGAAACCAAGGACAAGGCGGACAAGGCAAUGGAGGCCGAGGUGAAGGGGGUCGAGGAGGUGGCGGCCGAGGCCGAGGAGGAAAUGGUUGGGGUCGCGGGGGUGGUUGGAAUGGACAGGGGGGUCAAACCAAGGUGGCCGAGGUGGCCAAGAGGGGGGCCAAGGAUAUGGGAGGCCCCGCUUUGAUUGGCGAAACGCCACCUGCUGGCUGGCAUUGUAGCGAGGUGGGCCAUACUAUACAGUUCUGCCAACGGCGGCGAGAUGAUGAGUUGGCAGGUCUAAUUUCCUCUUGUAUGGACGGGGAUAUAUACGAUAAGUGGGGAGAGCAUAUCGACCCUAGGACCCCAGGAGGAAUCAGGCAAGAAGCUCUUAGGCGAGCGGCGGCAGGGCCAUCGACAACCCCGGCCAUGUUCAGGAUGUGGCAGGAGAAAGAAGAGUUGGCCAUAAAAGUUGAGGAGAUUGUGGGAGAUAGCGAGGCGGUCACCCAGCGUCUAAAGGGGAGGAUGCCGCAAGCAGCUCGGACUAGGAGCCAAAAUAAGGCUGGGCCUAGUCAAGAGCCCAGCCAGGCGCCCAGUCAGGCACCCCCUCGAAAGGAGUCGGAGCCUGGACAUAGGAAGGAGGUGGUGGAGGUUCCGGAGGAAGAGGAAGAGGAUGACGAUGAAGAGGAUGAGAGGCUCCGACAAGAGGAGGAUCAGCGGGCGGAGCUGAGGGCCAAAAAGAGGGGGGCCCAAGAGGAGGCAGAGCCAAGCCUGCCCGACAACGUGCCUAAGAGAAAGAAGUACGCGGUCCGGAUGGAGGAGGGUUUUGAUGUGGAGCGGAUGGUGGACAAACUCCUGGAAGGCCACAAUGACUUGAUGAACCUAAAGGAUAUCCUGGCGUCGGCGCUAAGGCUCCGCGGUGAGUUGAAGGGACGAUUGUCGCGAAGGCUGGUGCCAAAUGUCCAUCUGAGUACGGUCCUGCCUAGAGAGGUGGAGUGGACUGAGGCUGGGACAAGGAUGGAUUGGAAAUGUGUGGCGUGCGGGCAGGUGGAUUUGGUGAUAAGGAACCAGAUGUGUACUGGGAUGGUGGACACGGGCGCAGAAAUGAACAUCAUCAAGGAGAAGGAGGCGGUGAUGAUAGGCAUGAAGAUCUACCGCUCGGACCAUGGCAUGCUGCACGGCGCUAACUGCAAGGCCGCCUUUUGCGGCACAACGUCUAAUGUGAUUAUAGAGAUUGGGAAGGUGGGAGCCAGGACUUGCUUUUUCGUUAUGCCCAACGUCGAUCACCCCAUCCUUCUGGGGCGGUCGUUUCUGUGCAGGACGGAAAUGUUGAUCUUCAACAAGCACGACGGAACAAUGAUCCUGCUCCUGUGCGACCCAGCAUGUGGGAAUUAUGAAGUUAUCACGUGCCGGAACACGGGGCCGGGGAGCGGGAGGAAUAGGCCCAAUCUAGGCUCGUUCACCUUUCAGGAAUCAGAGAACGAGCGAAGACGGCUUUGGGAAGUGCCCGAGGAAGAAGAUAGGGCUGAGGUGCUGACAUUGAGUCUCACGGAUGUGAAUAAGGCCAUGGAGGUGGUAUCGGCUCACGACAUGGCGGAUCCGGAGGCCAUUAAGGCAUUGAGGGAACAGGUUUUGGAGAACCCUCAGGUGGAGGAGGUGGAGUUGGUUCUGGGGUUAUUGGAGGAACAUAACCCGACGGCGAGCGGCCCCAAGUCGAAACAUUGUAUGAGGGAGGCCACGAUUCUAGGGUUCAUCUGCAAUGAGAGUGGGCGGAGGCCUGACGUAAAGAAGACAGAUAAGAUUCUUAAGUGGUCAGUGCCCUUCCGCUCGAUAACGGAUGUGAGGAGCUUCCUUGGGGCAUGCGGGUUUUGGAGGAGCUUCGUGAAGGACUUUGCCACGAAGACGGAACAUCUAAGGAAGUUGGUGCGUCAGGAUCAAGAAUGGGUCUGGGGUGAAGACCAAGAAGAGGCGGUCGGUAGGAUGAAGGGAAAGUUUAAGGAAGGGGGCUUGGUGUUGGGAGCGUCAAAUUAUGAGGCCACGGAGGAAAGACCAUUCGUCAUUGAGACGGACGCUGGGCCAACUGCCUUGGGAGGAGUCCUGAUUCAGGCAGAUACUGAGGGGAAGGAGAGGCCGCUAAGAUUUGAAAGUCGUACCCUCAAUACAACUGAGAGGAAUUACUCCCAGUUCAAGAAGGAGACGUUGGCGGUACUCCAUUGCCUAAGGACCUUCCGGAACUAUAUUUUUGGCAGGAGGCUCAUCGUGAGGGUGGACUCUACUACACUAGCAUGUUCCCUGAAGAAUUAUACUCCAUCUGACCCAACCGUCGCAAGAUGGUUGACCUACAUUUGGAUGUUUAAUUUCGAACGGGAAAGGAUCUCAUGGAACAAGAACAGGGCAGAUGGGUUAAGUCGCAUCAACUGGGACGGAUCGGACGACGAAUCGAUAGAAGACACGCCGCCAGUUGAUGGGUUUUUGAAUCAAGAGGGGAACGUCCGCCUGCACAUAAACGAAUGGUCCCUGCGAGUGCCCAGUUGUGUCAGUCACCCGAUAUGGCUUGCACCAAAGGGGUACGAGCAGAAGGAAGAGUUAGUCCUCAACCCCUUUCAGGAGGAGGACCCGUGGGGAAGUAAGGAUGUUGGUUGGAUGAUGAAGUUGGCGUUGGCAGGUACGCACAGUCUGGUGGAGGAAGUGAGGACAAUAGAGGAAGGCCCCACUCAGGUAGAGGAGCAUGAGCAGUUAAUGGGAGGGAUCUACCUGCUCACCAAUACGCUCCUGCAAGGAGACUUCGACCGGAAGGGCUCGUUCGGUCAGAAGGAGAAUGAGAUUCUGGUUCCUGAAAGCCGAGACAACGAAUUCGAGGAAGAAGAAAUCAAGGAGGCGUUUCGGGCGGAGGAGUACGAUGGGAUCUACCGGGAAUUGGGGUUGCUCCUAUCAUGUGAGAUGAGGGAUAGAGAUGCAAGUGCCAAGGCACAGAAGAUGAGGCACCUCUAUGUGGUAAGAGACGACCACUUGUUUAUAAAGCGGCAGGUCGGGAACCACAGGAGGAUCGUAUAUGGGAGAAACCGGCAAAUUGACAUCAUAGCGGCCCUACACGAUGGUAUAGCAGGGGGGCACAGAGGGGUAAGUGCCACAUGCGCGAAGAUAAGCGAGCUCUACCAUUGGGAUGGGAUGCUAACGAUGGUUAUCAAAUACUGUCGGUCCUGUAUACCUUGUCAAGAGAGGUCAGCGCAAAGGCCUGGAGAACCCCUACACCCAAGGUUAGAAAGGGAAGUGGGUGUGGUCGUACACCUGGACCUGUUAUUCAUGCCAGCAGGGGAGAAUGGGUGUAACUACAUCUUCGAUGCACGGGAUAACCUUACUGGGUUUGUGGACGGACGAGCUAUCCGGACGAAGACUGGCCCGGUUUUGGCAAACUGCAUCGAGGAGUAUUAUCUGCGAUACCCUUUCGUCAGGGAGUUCGUGAUGGAUCAAGGAUCAAAGUUUACGUGCAGGUCUGACUUUUCGAAGACAGCCAUGCAGAGGGGCGAGAGGGGCGCGCGGCCACGACAGAGGCCUCAGGGAGCAUCAGAAGGGGAUGACUCGCGCAGACCGGUUGGGAGGGAGUCUACGCCUAUCUUCGAUGACGGUAACAUAGAGCUUUUUCUGGACUCCUACCGGGCACAUGCGACACGGGAGGGCUGGUCUACCUUGGAAAGGAUACGGCACCUGAGGGGAGUUUGGCGCUUCGAGGAGCCUAUUGCGCACAUUCGAGAGGAGGCGCUGACAUGGCAGGAUGUGAAGGCGAGGAUGCAGAUGCUGAGGGCUUCGCCGACGGGACCGGAUGGAUUGCCUAUUCGAUUGGAGGAAGGCAAUGCGGAGGAGUUCAUCCCGGCCUAUGAGCAGUAUAUGCGCGACCAGGGGGCUGGGCAGGAAGAGUGGAUGCAGAUGCUGCCCCUCUGGACACGGAGGGCGGAGAGGUCGUUGGCGAGGCAGAUCCGGGACAGGGCACACGACUGGGAGGACUGCCAGGCCCAGUUGAGACAGGCAUUUCGACGACUGGAGUCUGAGAGACCAGAGCCCAGGGUGGAGAGACGACAAAGGAGUAACAGGCCACGGGACCCAGAGGCGAGAGGGACCACUACGACCAGAGGGGGCCGAAAGGCCUUGGCACAGCGAGAGGGGCCAGCGGAGGCCACCCAGGCGGUGGAGCCAGUUCAGGCCGCGGGGCCAGCUCAGGCGGUGGAGCUACCCCCUACCUAUGGACUCGAGCAGGUGGAGUUUCGCCGAAUCACGGGCAGUGAUCUACGGGGCCCGUUGCCGACGUUGCCAGAGGGGGGGGGGGGCGGUGCCCUGGGAGCGCACCAGAGCGGACCGGCACGGUAUGAGCCAAUAGAGGAUGAGCCAGAGGAGGAGCCACCUGAGCCGGGGCCGGAGGAGGGGUCUCGCGAACCCAAGGAGCCGCAGACGGAGGGGGUUAUCACUGUUGGGGAUGAUACCCCUCCUCCUACCCCGAUUCCUGAACAGGCACGGCAAUAUUGGCCUGAAGGAAUUCCUGAACCGGACAGCGAGGAGAUGUUGGGGCCCCCACCGGAAGCUACUACGCCACCCCCGACGCAGGCGGAGCCAGAGGGGGGCGAGAGGGCAAGGACACCUAUUACUGUGGUGCCGCAACUAACUGAGUCUACAGGUGCACGCAUGGAUGUGGAGGUGUCGACAUCCGGGAAGCCUCCGCUAGGGCCGCCACCCGCAAAGGAGGGGACGAGUGAGAGAGAUCCACUGCGAGAGGGUCACGAGGCGAGGACAGGGAGGCCACCGGGAGAGACGAAAGAAGAGAAGCGCGCAAGGGUGCAGGUACGCCUCGAUGAUCUAUACCAGGAAAAACUUACGAUGGAGGCCGCAGGAGAGGCGCCAAAGCCGCCAAUUGACCCUCCGACAAGCGAGCAGAGGAUAAGCGAGGCUUGGGCCAGCUACGAGGGUGAGAGGGAUGUUGCUCGCCUGAGGUCACGAGAGGCAGGACAUGACAAUGCGAGGGUGGGCGAGGCACGACAGACAAAGGACUUUGGAUUUUCAGCCGCCAGGAUGGAGAUUGAGCGUACAAACAGGAGGAUAGGGGAAGUGGCGAUCUCGUCCUUCCAGCGGUAUUCCAUGCUCAGCGAUGAGUUGGCGGCCUCGAGGUUAGAAGUGGGACAGUUGUCCACCCAGUUGGCAGAAGAGAGGGCAGAGAACCAAGCGUGGAGGUCCCGCAUGGAAGCCAAGGAGGCGGAGUGGGAGAAGAGGCUCCAGGACAUGGCGGCAAUGGUAGAGAGGCUCUCGGCCACUAAGGCGGUCGACUGGACGGAGCAGAGCCGGUAUGGUAUCCAGGGGAAGGAGGUACAGGGGCUCUUUGGCCAGGAAGGAACGGCAGAGACGCUACAGCAAGAGGGAAUGAGAAAGGUAUUCCUGGACCCAACAGAGGCGGCGGCAAGGCGGGAGGCCGAGGAGAGAAGGUUCAGUUUUAGGACUCCCACGGAGUUGGCCUCGCAACAGACCACCACUAUGACGAUUGAGGUUCCUGGGGACGAGCCGGCGCAGAGACCCCAACCUCCUGAGGCGGAGGGGGGCCCCACAGAGGAGUCCCCUACAAUCCUCUUAGAGGUGCAGGAGGGUGCCCUUACGGGAGCAGCGGCAUCCACUGAGCCGGAGGUAAUGGGGGGAGAGGCGUCUCGACUGGACGAGCUGGUGGCAGCUAUGGAGCUGGACAUGUCGUCAGGAGGGCCUCAGAGGCAGGAGACCCUGGAGCGCGUGCCAGAGAUAGGGGAGCUGAGGACGCAGUUGGGCUCUUGGGCUACUGGAACUGACUCAGGAGAGCACAUCUCAGAGCAGCAGCAGGAAGUUAUGAGCGAGCCAGUGACUGUCGUGACCCCCCAGCCCUCUGACCUGCAUAGGGACGAAGGGGCGACUGCGAUGGGAGGAGUCCGCGAGGGUAGGCCACUGAGAUUGGACACUCCAGCGUACCGACCCGAGGGAGGUGAGGCGCUAGCAGGGCCGAGUACCCAGAUGAUGGAGGCGACGUCGGCAGAGUCAUGGAGUAUGCCCCAGAGCCAUGAGAUGAGCAGGGAAACUAGUGAGACGCCGCCGUUGCCUGGGUCCCAAAAGAAGAAGAGGAGGUGUCGAGGGAGAUCAGACGAUCAAUACUUCUUCUGCAAGGACGGCAUACAUAGAGCUCUUGAAUGCCCGAAGUUCAUUAAGGACAAGGCGACUGGGAGAGUAACAGAGAGUGGUGGGAGAAUGUACGACAAGCAGGGGCGAGUGGUAGAACGGGCUCCGGAUGGGGGUAGGGCACAGUUAUAUAGACAGAACUAGGAGACUAUGAGUGAGUAGGGACCGGUCCGUCUAUAUGACAGUAGGAUUAGAGCCCUUUUGUAUG